AUGGAGGAUCGUCGCACGAAGCAGCAACUGAGAUCGCGGAGAGAAACCAUGGUAGCGUCGCUCGGCCGAGCGGACCAGUUCAUGACGCAGUACGACGAGGAACGGGACAAGCUCGAGGUCGCUGUAAGGCUGCAGCAUUUGGAUGGUAUUUGCAAUGGGAUGGAGGAAAUACAAGUGGCAUUAGAAGACAUGGCAGACAACGAACAAGAACGGGUGAGAAAUAUGGAAAUUCGCUCUGAGUUUGAAACACUAUUCUUCCGAAUAAAAGCCUUUCUGCAAUCCAAACUUCCUCCUCCUAUUGAUGUACUAGACAACCUCCCUCGUAACGCUGCACCUUCCACUCUAAAGGGUUUGAAGCUUCCGACGAUUUCUUUACCUGAGUUCUCUGGAGAUUACAAAGACUGGCUUGCGUUUCAUGACACCUUUGAGGCCCUGAUUCACAACAAUUCUGAGGUCGUUGAAGUCCAGAAAUUUCACUACCUAAAAGCUGCUUUGAAGGGAGAGGCCGCCCAACUGAUCGAAUCAAUUGGGAUCAGUUCGGCAAAUUAUCGCUUGGCUUGGGAAGCACUCGUCAACAGAUAUGCGAAUGAAUAUCUUCUGAAAAAACGUCAUUUGCAAGCUUUGUUUGAGUCGCCAAAGAUGCAAAUUGAAUCAGCUUCUUCUUUGCAUGGGAUUGUGGACGAAUUUGAGCGUCACGUAAAGAUACUGGAGCAACUUGGGGAGCCUAUUAGUGCUUGGAGUUCGAUGCUGGAGCACCUCUUAUGUACACGUUUGCAUGAUGACACCCUUAAGGUUUGGGAAGAUCAUGCUUCAACAUUGACGAAACCAACCUACACAUGUUUAAUAGAUUUCCUCCAGCGUCGUAUGAGAGUCUUGGAGUCCAUCUCAGUUAACCAUCAGCUCAUAACGGAGUCAUCUUCCACUUCCCACAAUUGCCACAUAAACAAGAAAUCAGCUCAUUCCAAUUAUUAUUCUCAUGCUGCAGUGGAAAACCAGUCCGCCAAAUGUUACGCUUGUGAUCAGCAUCAUCCGCUUAUAAAAUGCUGGAAGUUCAGCAAAAUGCCCAUCACUGAAAAAAUGAAGGUGGUUAACGCGAAACGUCUGUGUCUGAAUUGUUUUCGUUCGGAUCAUUUUUCACGAAAUUGUUCAUCAAAAUAUUCCUGCAAAAUAUGUAAGAAACGUCAUCAUUCACUGCUACAUUCAGCAUUCAGCACCAAUGUAAACAGAUCAGCAACCGAUCAGAAUCCAUCUCCAUCCACCCGUGUUCCCAGUAUGCCUGUUCAAGUGAAUGUUACACCCUGCGAAAAUCCUGCUCGUUCAACUCCAUCAGCCGUUGAUCCGUGUGAGGCAGAAUAUAGUUUCCCGUUGCAUGAGCGCAGUAAAAAUACUUUUAUGUUAACCGCUUUACUGAUUGUCGUAGACUGCUACGGAAAUGAGCACUUAGCCAGAGCACUUCUCGAUUGCGGUUCCCAACCCAACAUAAUAUCGGAGCGAAUGGCUCAAUUACUUCGAUUGAGAAGAAAACGAGUAAAUGUGUCGAUCCAUGGUGUCGGAAAUAAACCCCAGUAUGCUACAGAAUCUGUGUUCACGGAAAUCCGUUCAAGAAAAGAGAACUUCGCACUCAAUGUAGAUUUCCUAGUGCUGAAUAACAUUAUGCCCCAGUUGCCGGCUCAAGAUAUUCCUAUUGAGCAUUGGAAACUUCCCAAAAAUUUAUUCCUCGCUGACCCCAAUUUCAACAAGUCGUCUGGAAUUGAUAUGAUCAUUGGAAACGCGCACUUCUUCUCCUGUCUCAAGACUUCAGCAAAUAUUCAACUUCCUAAACCGCUCCCAUUGCUAGUAGAUAGUGUGUUCGGCUGGCUGGUCUCAGGCACAGCGGAUAUAACCCGACCCGAUAAUGGAACCUCAUCAUGCACUGUAACCACCGUUUCGUUAGUAGCACUUGAGGACAGUUUAGAACGUUUCUGGAAAAUUGAAGACCUGCCAGACCAGCCAAAUUACUCAAUGGAAGAGAAGCAAUGCGAGGAGUUAUACUCCGCUACCGUUAUGAGAAACGAGACAGGAAGAUACGUAGUACGUCUCCCUCGUCGCCCGAAAUUUGAGAAAAUAGUAGGAGAGUCCAAAAAUUGUGCCUUUCGUAGAUAUUUGCUACUGGAGAAACGAUUGGAGCGUGAUCCAGCGUUGAAAGAUGAAUAUCGAAAAUUCAUUGAAGAAUACAUAGAGCUUGGCCAAAUGAAGGCGGUGUUGCCUACCGAACCCCAACAUUACAAAGGUUGUUUCCUCCCUCACCAUCCCGUAAUGAAAGAAUCGAGCGCUACCACGAAGGUCCGCGUAGUGUUCGAUGCAUCCGCUAGAACUUCCACCGGCCAUUCCCUGAACGAUGGCUUAUUGGUAGGACCAGUAAUCCAGGAUGAUCUGCUAUCCAUCAUCCUACGCUUCCGCACAUUUCCUGUGGCAUUGGUGGCGGACAUUGAGAAAAUGUACCGCCAGAUACUCCUACAUCCAAAUGACACCCCAUUUCAACGCAUUUUAUGGAGAUUCAAUGCGUGUGAUCCCAUUUGUACAUACGAGCUGCAAACCGUUACCUACGGUCUUGGUCCAUCGUCCUUUCUCGCUACCCGAACACUACUUCAGCUUGCCAACGAUGAAGCAAUAUCGUAUCCAGCCGGUAGUGCGGCUCUCCGAAAAUCAUUUUACAUGGACGAUUUUAUUGGGGGAGCUCAGACUGUGGAAGAUGCCAUGAAGCUGCGACAGGAACUCAAUGAAAAGGAGGAAAAGGAGGUUUCAAUUUACGAAAAUGGACUUCGAAUAAACUAG